AUGUCUUAAAUUCUUCCAUAAACUAUAAAGGCUAUUGGAUUAACUGAUCCUAAAGGAGAUUUAUAAUUGAUAUAAAUUCCUAUAAAGACUUUGGGACCUCAGGAUAUACUUAUUAGAGUUGAGGCUAUAAGUAUAAAUCCUUUAGAUUAUAAGUGGGCAUAGCAUAUGAGAACUCAAAACAUUUCUGAAAGCAGCCCUGCUAUUUUUGGCUAUGACGCUAGUGGUGUAGUUGUGCAAACAGGAAGUGACUGCAGGCUUUUUAAGGUUGGAGAUCAAGUCAUUUAUUCUGGUGAUUUUACAAAGUUAGGUUCUAAUUCAAAUUAUCAGAUUGUUGAUGAAAGACUGGCUGGUAAAAAACCUUAGAAGCUGACUCAUCCUGAAGCAGCUGCUAUACCUUUAGUAGCUCUUACUGCUUAUGAAGCAUUAGUAGAAGAGUUGGGUAUUUUGGAAAUAAACAAAAUUCAAAACUAAAGCAAAAAAAUAUUGAUAGUUGGAGGUGCUGGUGGUGUUGGCAGCAUUGCUAUUUAAAUUGCUAAAAAAAUUUUAGGACUUACUGUAAUUACUACUGCUUCAAGAGUUGAAACUAUCAAUUUUUGUAAGAAAAUGGGAGCUGACUAUGUGAUUAAUCAUCAAAACGCUCUUGCAGAAGAGCUUAAAAAAAUUAAUAUUGAGAGCCUAGACUAUAUUUUCAAUACAGUUGAUAUGACUCAAUAAUAUUUUAACUAGUUUACCCCUUUAAUUAAACCAUUUGGUCAUAUUGUCGGUAUUGUUGGCUUUGAAUAGCCUCUUAAUAUACAAGGAUUAUUUUUAAAGAGAGCUAGGCUAAGCGUAGAAUGUAUAUUUACCCGUGCAAUAUUUUAGGUAGAACCUGAAAGGUAAAACUAAAUACUAAAUAAAAUUGGUGACCUUUAUGAUAGUGGUAUUUUUAUUUCAACCGUUUAGAUUGAAAAACCAUUUAACUUAGAAAAUUUACUUGAAGCUCACGCUUUUAGUGAAUCUGGUAAAACAAUAGGCAAGGUAGUUUUAAGCAAUGUUUAGGAUUUCUUUGAGAGAGCUAAUUGA